ACAGGGGCUGUAGAGAAAUCCUUAGCUCUUAAACCUAGGGAUUUACAAUAUAAUAACAAUAUAAACACUCACUUACCUAAAGAUUAAUCCUUAGAUAAGGAUUUUAAGGAUCAAAUCCUUAUAUACGUGGCGGCUUGGCAUUGGGUGGAGAGAAUUCUCAGAUGAAUUUCGUUAUGCUUCACGCCAUUGACGGAGACCUGAUCGAUGCCGACUAUGAAAGCUUCACCAUCCAAGGUCCUGGUUUCUCUUGGCCCCUUCACCAACAACCUCUUGCCGUUUCUUCCAAUUCCAGCGCAGGAGUUGAUGGUUCAGCUGGAAAUUCAGAAGCCAGCAAGGAACAUGGCUCCAAAAAGAGGGCAAGAUGUGAAUCAUCCUCUGCCACUAGCUCAAAAGCAUGUAGAGAGAAGCAGUGCCGAGACAGGCUGAAUGUCAAGUAAUCUUUUGAGUUUUGUGUACAUCUUAUAGAUAAGGUGCAGUUUGGUGUCUGUAAUGGCUGAAGUGGACCGAAUUCUUAGACCACAAGGAACAUUUAUAGUAAGAGAUGACAUGGAAAGAUAGGAGAAAUUGAGAAGAUGGUGGAAUCAUUGAAAUGGAAUGUAAGAAUGACACAUUCCAAAUAUGGAGGAGUGAUCUCUGUCCAGAAGUCACUGUGGCGUCCUACAGAGGUCUGAGACCAUUACAUCGGCGAUAGCAAGUGAAGAAUUGGUUAAAUUAUUUAAUACUCCCUCCGUUUCAUAAUAGUUGAUGUUUUAGAAGGAUAAUUUUGUUUCAAAUUA